AGUUCUUCAGAUCUCUCUAUUUUGUCUUUUACACACACUCAGGAUUCCUACUCAUCAUGGAAACAGCGGACGUUGGAUGAAUGUAUUUUAAAUAAAUUAUCUUUGCAUGUCAGAGUACAUCAGGAAAUGUAAUAACUGAGUCAGUGCUGGUAAUUUACAGCAGACAUUCUGUUCAUUGUGCUAUAAAAUGCUUUAAAAUAAAAACAGUCUUGAGGGUUACCUUUCAGGAAACCCCCCUCUUGGUCAAGUUCUUCUACCUCGGAGCGUUCUUGUGUUCUUCCUAUCAGCUCGGCUCGCUCUGCAAUCUCAGCCGUUUUGAUACUGAACAGUUUGUAUGUCUCUCACCCGUCACAGCUCUGAUUGGGUGGCACAGUGCUGUGUUUGUGUACGUAGGCGUCACACAAAUAGUUUAUCUGAUUGUGUUGAAGUUGUUGAAGUGGCAGAAACAUAAACUGCCCGUGUUAAGUCAAGUUAGCGUUGCGGACGUGUAACGAGGUACUUCCUGCUUCAGAACAUCAGGUUUGUUGAGGCAGCUGUUGGUGAAGUCACUGAUAAUGUCGUUGUGUAUCUAAUGUGUGCUUGCAUCUGCUUGAGCUUCAGAGUAGAAAGGGGCGGCGAUAAAAAGCCAGAAGCAGGUGUAGAGAAGAUGAGAGAAAGCAGUGACCCCGCGGAUCAGCAGAGUUUUCAGACGUCCACAGGUCAAGAAGAGGACACCUGAUCAGGACCUGCUACAUGAAGACUGUGGCCCUUCAGCCGGGGGUCACCAGUGGGCGUGACCGAUUGGAUGCUGAUGUCGAUUGAUUGGCUAUCAGGUAUCUGAUUUGUGGCACUAUGAAUGCUUCCAUGCUGCUCCCUGGCUUCCUGCUGCUCCUGGUUGUAACUGAGAGAACGGCAACCGCAGAGAAACCUGAACCUGCCGACUUCAACACCCGCAUCCUAGACCUCUGGAAGCUGCACAUGAGGGAAUCUACGCAGCAAGGAAGAGGUUCCAAUGUUCAUCCAAUGCCGGGAGGUAUCAGACAGCAAAUGCUUUACUGCCGUGUUGGGAUUGGUUUCCAUCUACAGAUUCUACCGAGUGGUGCUGUUGGAGGAGUUCACAUGCCCACUGACUACUGUUGGAUGAGGGUGUUUGCGGUGAAAAGUGGUGUUGUGGGAAUCAAAGGGGUGAAGAGUGGCUUAUACCUUUGUUUUAGUGGAGAUGGAUGGCCAUAUGGAGCGAAGAGCUUUACUGAUGACUGUCUGCUGAAGGAGACCUUGGAGGAGAACCACUACACUACCUACUCGACUGUGUCUUACCCAACCAAGUUUCUGGCACUUUCCCACAAAGGAGAGGUCAAGAGAGGCAGCAGAGUGGGUCGCCACCAGUCCUACACCCAUUUCCUACCUCUGCGCUCUGUGUAAUUAUGGGCUUCCAACCAUGAAACUGAGCUACACACCACAGGGCGCUGGACUGACCACGAGAAGCCAUGGCCAAAGCUGACGCAGCACACUGCAGUCUGCUUUUGGAAUGUAUUCGACCAGGAGGACGGACCCACUGAUGGACGCUGGCCCUCCAUCCCAGGGUGCUGGAUGAGGCGCAGUUGCUUGCAUGGUCAUCUCAAUAAUGGACUUUGUUUUUGAUGUUACUCUGUUUCCUGUUUCUUUAGCUUUGUAAAAACCUUGUAGCUGUUAGAA